AUGGCGGAUGAACCAGUAACCUGGAAUGCUUUUCGAUCGCAGUCGCGUGAAGUCGGUAUGAAUGUGCAAAUGAAACCAUGGAUGAUUCGCACUUUGCGACUUACAAAACUUAUUGUUCACUUUCAGUUUCUGUUCUACAUUGUUGGACAUAUUCUUGUAAUCGCUGGUGCGGCCGCAUCUAAACUUUGGGUUACACUAUUGGCUACGAAUGUUAAACAGAAGCAGUUAAAAAUUGGCAUAAAGCAUUAUAAAGCGUGUACGAGGAAAAAAGCGAGUUUCUGCUCUGGUAGUAUAAACAAUGCAUACCAACCGUUUUACGGUGGGUCUUUCAGUGGUGCAGACGAACGUGAUUUUGCAGCAGUUCUGUUAUUCUGCUUGUGGUUGAUUCAACUAAUCCCAGAACUUUUCGCGGGUUUGCAAGCUUUGUGGAGACUAAACUCAAAAAAAUCAGGGAAAAUUUCGUUUUUGGUUAUUGCUGUUGAGUGUUCGAGAACUAUUGGCAAUUCUCUGUUAUUCUUUAUUGUGUUUCCUGAGCUCGAUAUUUUACGAUGCAUCCUUCUUUCUGUAUUCGCUGCUUAUAUUCCCUUUUACCAAGCCGCUUCAAACCGGAUUCGUCGGGCUUUUUAUCCUGUCAACACUUAUGUUUUACGAGAAGAUUAUGUAUAUUAUGGUUUUAGUUCCUUGGCACGUCGGUCUUCAUUUCUAAUGUCAUCUAGUCGAUGGACUAUGCUUUUGUUAAUUGUAUUGUCUUCGUCAUAUUUAUGGCCAGUAAUGGGAGCAAGAUUAAGAUACACGUUCGUUAUUCCAUUCGCUCUCCUGUUUUCUGCUAUCGGUUUUUGGGAUGCGUGGGUUCAGCCGUAUCAUGCGGCAUCAGCAUUCCACAUUCUCUAUGAAGUAAGUGCCGGUCAGUUAAGGGCACUACUCUGCUGUCAUCGUUGUUUAAAAUAUGGCUUUCGUAAGUUAACGGCUUCUACUCGCUGUCUUGUAUCACUGUGCAGGUUUGUAUUGUCGACAUUAAUCUUAUCACUUUCACCGCACAUGAAAUGGUCCAGGUGCUGGAAACAGAUUUUGUCUGAGAAGUCUGACGAAGAUAUUGAUGAAUCUAGUUUCACCAGUUCUUCAAUUACCUUGGCUUUCGCAGUUAUUGUCAUCAAUUUCUUUCUUCGGACUUCGUCACGACUUCUUGCUGCAACUAACAUGCGUAUAGCUUCAUCGCUACACCCAUUAUUCAUCGUACCCCCAAUUUUAGUUGCAUUUUCCUAUUUCAAUUCUUACGUGACACCCUUCUGUGGAUUACCAUUUAUAAGUAGUAGUAAAAAAGAGAUUGGUCUUCUUUGGCAAUCAUUCAGUCGAAAUUGGCCCGGCACUCCUUUUUCCGACAUUCUAGUCACUUGGGCAUGGGUUAUCGCAUACUUAUUUUGGGCAAGGCGCCACGUUAAGUCGCCAGAAUUUGAGGAGAAUAGUGAAAUAAUUGAUUCUAUGACACCUGUGGUAAACGGACUGUUUAUUGAACAGUCGCUUGUCGUUUAUCGUCACUCGAUCAACAACAAAGUAGUUGAUUUGGAUGUUGAGGAAAAUGAAGAAAAAUAUGAAGGUGGGGGAAAAGAUGUGACUGAUGACGACGUUGAUAAAACAAUAACACUCUAUGCCUGUGCAACUAUGUGGCAUGAAACCCGCAAUGAAAUGAAGCAGAUGGUCAUGUCGAUAAUGAGGGUUGAUAAAGAACGCUCUUUGAUCAUGGCAGGUAAAUCCAUUGGACGUUUGAAAUUCCGUUUUGAGGCUCAUAUAUUUUUUGAUGAUGCGUGGGAGGAUCAGGAGGAAUGCGGACGCGUCCCUAACGAAUACUUCAAAACUCUUUUUAAUCUCCUUAUUGAACUUACUAGUUGUGAGAAUAAUGAUUCGAAGUACGUAAAUGCACGAGUGUUAGUAAAUACACCUUAUGGAGGAAGAUUUGUUAUACGCUUACCCGAAGGAACGUUGCUAUACGUGCACCUUAAGGACAAGAAGCUAAUAAGAAAUAAAAAAAGGUGGUCUCAGGUAAUGUACAUGUAUUACCUGUUGGGGCACCGGAUUAUGGACUCUCCCCGUAGUGUUGAGGACCGACAGUUAGAUGCAGAUAACACUUAUAUUCUCGCUAUUGAUGGCGAUUCAAAGUUUCAGCCUUCCUCUGUGCUGAAAUUGCUACAGCUUUUGGACUCAAAGAAGGACAUUGGCUGCGCCUGUGGUCGUAUUCAUCCGCUUGGAAAUGGAAUGAUGGUUUGGUAUCAGAAAUUCGAGUAUGCGAUUGCUCACUGGCUGCAGAAAGCUGCAGAGCAUGCAUAUGGAUGUGUACUUUGUGCACCUGGGUGCUUUUCAAUGUUUCGCGCAUCAGCCCUUAUGGACGAUAAUGUUAUGCAUAAAUACACAAAAAAACCUUCUGAACCACGACAUUUUCUUCAGUACGACCAGGGGGAGGACAGAUGGCUUUCUACCUUGCUUUUGAAGCAGGGAUAUCGUAUUGAGUACGAAGCUGCUGCAGAUGCUGAAACAUACGCUCCUGAAGGUUUCAAUGAGUUUUACAACCAAAGAAGGCGAUGGACCCCUUCAUCUGUAGCAAAUACGAUCGAUUUGUUGGCAGACUACAAACGAGCUUGUGCAAACAACAAUAGUAUUUCAAAGCUGUAUAUAGCGUAUCAAAGUAUAGUGACCGGCUGUGCGUGUUUCGGACCAGGAAUUAUGUUCACUAUGAUCGUUUAUUCUAUGAGCGCUGUCUUCCAAGUGCACUCAGAUACUGUUCUGAAGUACAACGCUAUUCCUCUGCUCCUUUAUAUAGUUGUAUGCUUCGUUGGUGAACCUAAACACCAAUUGGCUCUAGCAAAAAUACUAUCUGUGGUGUAUGCCUUCAUCAUGGUUGCAGUUUCUGUUGCAACAGCUUGCGAAACCGCUUUACAAACUAUCUUUGCACCUACUGCAUUCUUCGCCCUGGUCAUGUCAGCAAUGUUCAUAGGCGCAGCUGCGAUGCAUCCGCAGGAGUUCUAUAAUAUCAUAUAUGGGUUUCCGUUCUUCCUUAUGAUUCCUUGCACUUUCCUGUUCAUGGCCCUUUACUCCUUGAUAAAUCUUCACGUCAUGAACUGGGGAACGCGCGAAAGCGCAAAAAAGAAAGAGGAAGAGGAGAAAUCCGGUGGGUCCAUUCUUCGUCGACUGUCUAGACGUUUUAGUAAGAAAAACCUGCUAAGAUCCCUUUCCGCACUGAAAGGACGAAAAUUUCUGGCUCCAAAUAUUUCUGAUUUGGAGCGACGCAUAAACGAGCUUGAAAGGGUGGUAGAAGACGUAGAUGAGAAACCACAAGAAAAGUUUGCUACUCCUGCUGCAAAACUAAAAAUUCUUACUACACCUGAGACAAAUGGUUCAACUUCUACGGCAAGCACAAUAUCUUCCUCAGCAAGAAACGUCAGAAGGGUCACAGAAAACCGCUUUAUGUGGAUGGAGCAAGAAUAUCUUCAAAUCUGCACUCGUGGUCGGCUUAGCCCAAGCGAACAAAGUUUUUGGAAUGAAUUAAUCGAUAAUUACCUCAAGCCACAUGUAAUGUCUCCUGAAGAAAGUAAACGUGCUGCAGAUGGGCUUAUUGGUAUGAGGAAUCAGAUAGCGACUUUAGUGUUAAUGAUCAAUGGAUUGUUUGUUCUAACUAUAUAUCUCGUUCAGAAACAUAAAGAUAUUCUGAAAGGGUUUUCCUACAAAAAAUGGGACGAAAAGAAAGGGAAAGGAUAUAUUGAGGUGUACGGAGGUUUAAAUUUGGAGCCUGUUGGACUGGUAAUUUUAACAAUUCUAAUGGGCAUUUUAUUGGUACAAAUAAUAGGAAUGUUUAUUCACCGUUUAAAUACAGUUAUUGGAGCAAUGAAUGAGAUUUCGUUCUUGGAAGAUUAUGGGAAUUAUGAGGGUAAUGAUUAUGAUGAGAUGAAAAUCCUCGAUAAUGCGCGUCAAAUGGUUGAUACGGUAUACUACAUUAAUGUUCAUGGACCUGGCGGCUACGUUCGUGCCGCCAAAGAAAGCGCUGUAACUAGCGUAGUGUACAAGCUUCAAAGGUCUCGUUUAGCGAAACGGAUGGAAAAACCAUCGAUUCCUACUCGAGUUGGGUUUGACUAA